UUUUUUUUUCAGGAUUGGUUGUCUCCAUGUUCGGCGAAGCGUGUUUUUACGUUCUAUCGGAUUUCGCAAGCACUCUUAUAUGCAUGGCAAAUGACACUUGCUUAUAUUUUAAUGCUUAUAGCGAUGUCAUUUAAUAUUUGGUUGAUAUUAGCGAUUAUUUUUGGUGAGGCCAUAGGAUAUUUUUUGUUCACUGGAGAACUUCCUUCUUGUGAAAAUGGCAAUUGUUGCUAA